AUGAAUAAGCUAAGAAAUGAAUUAGUUGAUUCUACCGCUGAAGAGAAAAGAUUGCAUGAAAAUGAAACAAAGGAAAAAUAUUGGUAUAAAUGGGGACCCUACUUAAGUGAAAGAAGUUGGGCCACAGUCCGUGAAGAUUACUCUUACAAUGGUGAUGCGUGGUCUCAUUUCCCCUUUGAACAUGCUAAUGCUCGCGUAUUUAGAUGGGGUGAAGAUGGGCUAUUUGGUGUAUCCGAUAAUAAACAAUUAAUAUGUUUAAAUCUUGCCCUUUGGAAUGGUAAAGAUUCACGCUUGAAAGAAAGACUGUUUGGUUUAACUGGUCCGCAAGGUAAUCAUGGUGAAGAUGUGAAAGAAUUGUAUUAUUAUUUGGAUAAUACCCCAACUCAUUCCUAUAUGAAAGCAUUAUACAAAUACCCUUUCAAAAAUCCAUAUCCAUACGAAGAAUUAGUUCAAGAAAAUGGUAAAAGAGGUUAUCAAGACAAAGAAUUUGAAAUUUAUGACAUUAACGGCAUGUAUAGAGAUAAAGAAACUCAGGAUAAUUGUUAUUUUGACGUCUUUUUCGAAAUGGCAAAGGAUUCUGAAAAUCCAAAUGAUUUAAAUUUUAGAAUUACUGCCCAUAAUAGAAGUUCCACGGAUUCAGGUGAAUUAUAUAUUGCUCCACAGAUUUUUUUCAGAAAUACUUGGGCUUGGGAUGGUUCUAUAAGAAAUGAUAAACCUCAUUUAGAAAGGGACAAAAUUUUAGAAAAUUUAAUCAAUGUCACACAUAAAAAAUAUGGAACCCGUCAAAUUGUAUUUCAACCAUCGCCUGGAGGAUUUGGUGAUGAUGAUGUUAAUGAUGCAGAAGAUAUUGAUCCAGUACUAUUAUUCACUGAAAAUGAAUCAAAUUUAGUUAAAUUGUUUGGUGAAAAGGAAAAUCCUGCAAAAUAUACAAAAGAUGCAUUUGAAGAAUUUUUGGUUCAUGGUAACGAAGAUGCUGUAAACCCAGAAAAUAAAGGCUCUAAAGCAUGUGCCGUAUACCAUUUCAAAAAUAUACCUCCAAACGAAUAUGUGACAGUAAGAUACAAAUUCACUAAUGAUCCUUCAAAUAAUAUUUAUCCAGCACAAGAUGUGGCAGUUGUAGAUGAAGAAGUUUUUGACCAAGUCUUCGAAAGUCGUGAAGCCGAUGCUGAUAAUUUUUACUGGAGAGUAACUCCUUUACCAAUCAGUGACGAACUGAGAAAUGUUCAAAGACAAGCGUUCGCAGGGCUGUUGUGGACAAAGCAAUUUUAUAAUUUUAUUUACGAUAAUUGGUACAAUGGGGAUAAAGAUAUUAAACCAAGACCACCUCCAAAUAGAGCUAAUGGACGAAAUAGAGCAUGGAAGCAUCUUUAUAUUGAUGAUAUAUUAUCCAUGCCCGAUAAGUGGGAAUAUCCCUUCUUUGCCUCCUGGGAUAGUGCAUUUCAUUGUAUUCCAUUGGCAAUGAUUGAUCCAGCCUUUGCUAAGAAACAAUUGGAUUUGUUGACAAGGGAGUGGUAUAUGCAUCCAAAUGGACAAAUUCCAGCCUACGAGUGGAAUUUCAAUGAUGUUAAUCCGCCGGUUCAUGCUUGGGCAGUUUAUCGUGUGUUUAAGAUUGAAAGAAAUAUUUACAACCGUGAAGAUCGCCUCUUUUUAGAGAGUGUCUUCCAAAAAUUGUUAUUGAAUUUCACUUGGUGGGUCAAUAGAAAGGAUACGCAUGGCAAGAACGUCUUUGAAGGUGGCUUCUUAGGCUUAGAUAACAUUGGUAUAUUCAACAGAUCGGAGCCUUUGCCUACGGGUGGUGUUCUGGAACAAGCAGAUUCUACAGGUUGGAUGGCAUUCUUCUGCCUACAAAUGUUGAACAUAGCUCUAGAGUUGGCUAAAGAAAAUCCAACUUACGAAGCUAUUGCAUCAAAGUUCUUUGAACAUUUUAUUUUAAUCAGUGAUUCGAUGUCGUAUGAAUAUGAAUACAGUGAAGUAGAUGAAGAAGGUAAAAAGAUUAUCAAACAGAAUUUGUGGAAUGAGGAUGAUGAAUUUUACUAUGACGCUAUCGCUUGGGGAGAGGAUAACAAACAACAAUUACCUAUCAGAUCCUUAGUUGGGUUAAUUCCACUUUACGCUUCUAUGACUCUUGAACCAAGUGUGAUUGCUCAAUUCCCACGUUUCAAGAAAAGAGUGGACUGGUUUAUUAAUAAUCGUGCAGAGAUUUUUGACAGAAAUGUGGCGUCGAUGUCAAAGAAAGGUGUCGGUGAAAGAUUACUUAUGUCAUUGGUCUCUAAAGAUAGAUUAGAAGCUAUCUUAAGAAGAUUAUUAGAUGAAUCUGAGUUUUUAUCAGAUUACGGUAUUAGAUCGAUGUCAAAACAUCAUGAAAAAUACCCCUUCGAAAUGGAUGUUCAUGGCAAUAAAUAUACUGUAAGUUAUUUAUCUGGUGAAUCUGACUCCGGUAUGUUUGGUGGUAACUCAAAUUGGAGAGGACCAAUAUGGUUCCCAACCACUUUCUUAAUCGUCGAAGCACUACAAAGAUUUUACCUAUAUUACGGCUCUUCAUUUAAAGUGGAGUGUCCUAGAGGUUCAGGUAGUUAUUUGAACCUCGCGGAAAUUGCAGAAGAAAUCUGUUAUCGUAUGAUACAUCUGUUUGUGCCAGAUAACAAUGGUGAAAGAGCUAUUUAUUAUGGAAAAUCAUCCAACUUCUUAUCCACUGAUCCAUAUUUCAGAAAUUAUGUGACAUUUUACGAAUACUUCGAUGGUGAUACAGGAAGAGGACUUGGUGCAUCUCAUCAAUGUGGAUGGACAGCUCUUGUUGCCAAAUGGAUCAGCGAUGUUGGAUUAUCUUGUGUAAGAUUGCCUCGUACGCCAAGAUCCUCAAUUUCAGCUUCUGCUGUUACUGAAAGUAGUGCUAUAAGCUCAGCUCCACUGACUGGCGACGGUACCGUUAGAAGAUGGGUUAGACGUAAGAGCGCUAGGUCGGUUGUAAGCUACACGGCUAAUGUUCUAGAAUUAUCAGAAGAAGAAAAGCAUCACCAUAGAAUUGGUGGUACCAGUCUCGGUUUAACCCCCAGAGCAAGUAUAACAAGCGAAAAGGCAAGGGAAAUUCUGGCAGCACAAGAAGAACAAUUGAAAAGUAAGGAAGAUAAAUAUACUGAAGACCUGGAAAAUGAGGGGAGAGAUGAUGAGCAAGGUAUUGAAAAUAAAUUCGAAUCGAAAAUCAUCAAUAAAUUAAAAGACAAGAUGAAAAAAAUGUCUUUUGGCAGCAAAACGUCUUUAGAUGAGGAAAACAAUGAUGAUGGUAAAUAG